GGCUUGCCCAACACACAACUUGCUGGAGUGUCCUGGGGGAAACUAACUACGGGACAGGCGGAAAGUUAUCAACUCAUAGGUUACUUUCGGAAACUUUUGAGGACGUGUCCCCCACAAAAAUACUUUUGUGAAAACUUAUGCCAAUCACAAGAGGCCAUGCCUGAUCAGUGACCCCGCCUCUGCCCUUACCUCUGGGACGGAGAAGGAAGGAUAGAGAGAGAUAGAAGGAGGAGAGAGAGAGAGAGAGACAGUAUGCACUCCAAACAGUACAAUGAGGACGUGCUAGUGUGACAGUGUGUGUGAGUGGGUGUGUGUGAGUGAAUGAGUGUGUGUGAGUGUGUGUGAGUGUGUGUGUGUGAGAGUGUGUGUGAGAGUGUGUGUGAGAGUGUGUGUGAGUGUGUGAGAGUGUGUGUGAGUGUGUGUGAGUGUGUGUGAGUGUGUGAGAGUGUGUGAGAGUGUGUGUGUGUGUGUGUGAGUGUGUGUGAGUGUGUGUGAGUGUGUGUGAGUGUGUGUGUGAGUGAGUGAGAGUGUGUGUGAGAGUGUGUGUGUGAGUGAGUGUGAGAGUGUGUGUGUGAGUGAGCAGUGGUGCGAGCGGCAGCAUGGCGGAGGUGUCGAUCGCGCCGGGGCAGGUGUACGUGGAGGUGGAGUACGACUACGAGUACAAGUCGCGCGAGCGCCUCGUCACCAUCCGCCAGGGCGACUGCUUCCUGCUGCUGAGGAAGACCAACGAGGACUGGUGGCAGGUGCGCGCCGAGGACGGGGGCAAGCCCUUCUACGUGCCCGCGCAGUACGUCCGCGAGGCCCGCCGGGCGCUCAUGCCACCCCCCCAGAAACCCCUCCUGCCCCCCGCCCCGGUGCCCGCGCCACGCCGACCCUCCUCGCUCAAGGACAACACACACACACACACGCGCGGGCAGGAGUCGUCCCGCAAAGAGCACACACACACACAUGGGCAAGGCUCGCUCAAAGAGCACACACACACACAUGGGCAAGGCUCGCUGAAAGAGCACACACACACACAUGGGCAAGGCUCGCUCAAAGAGCACACACACACACAUGGGCAAGGCUCGCUGAAAGAGCACACACACGCAGAUGCGCCCUCGCCCACCAGCCCCAUGGUGGAGAAGGUGGCGCUCAUGCCCCCUGGUGGUGGCGGAGGGGGGGUGACGCAGCCGACGUGGAAGCACGGCUCCCUGCCCCGCACACGGGCCACCUCGCCCCAACGCCACUCCGCAGACCCCGAGGAGGAGGAGGAGGAGCGGGAGAGGGGGAGAGAGAGGGGGAGAGAGAGAGAUGGAGAGAGAGAGCGGGAGAGGGGGAGAGGAGGGGACCGGAAUCACGGAGAGAGCAGACACGACUCGUCGUCAGGAGACGAGCUCAGUAGCAGCUCCACUGAGCACCUACAGCUGAUGUGUCCCUCUGGUGGCCAGCGGCCGGACUCUCCGGUCUACACCAACCUGGCGGAGCUGAAGCUGAGUAGCUCGUCGCUGCCCCCUGUGCCUCGCUCGCCGCCACUGCAGAGCCAGGGGCCGUGGGAGACACACCGGCACGCCAGCGGCCGCCACUACUACUACAACACACACACGCAGGAGCGCCGCUGGAAACCGCCGCGCGGCUCCAACACACACACACACGCGCCGGCCGAGCACAACACGCUCGCACACUCGCCAGGCACCGAGAGCGAGUGGAUUAAACACACAGAUGAUCAGGGACGUCAGUAUUACUACAGUGCAGACGGCUCUCGGUCUGAGUGGGAGCUCCCCAAACUCGUGCAGAGAGCUGGGUUAAACCCCUCCCCCACCCACGACACGCCCAAAACGCGGAGCCUGGACCGACGGCAGCCCGAACCCAUCGUCCUGACCAAGUGGAGGCACAGCACACACGUGCCUGAGAACGACAAGUUCCAACAGCAGAUGGUGAAAAACCGGCGAAUCCUGUCGCUCCGUCGCAAAGGCUCCUCCCGCCUCCACCCAUACAGACAAGACGGUGUGAAGCCCAGCACCCCAGACUCCGACUCCUCCUGCCCCUCAUCUCCCAUCCACCCCGGCUCUCCAUCAGAAAAAUGUGGGGUCCUCAAUGUCACCAAAAUCACAGAACACGGCAAGAAAGUACGAAAAAACUGGACAUCUUCCUGGACAGUCCUCCAGGGCUCUUCCCUCCUAUUCGCCAAGAGCCAGGGGGGCGGGACUAGCUGGUUUGGGAGCCAUCAGUCCAAGCCUGAGUUCAGUGUGGAUCUGAGGGGAGCAUCAGUGGAAUGGGCUAAAGACAAAUCCAGCAAGAAGCACGUCUUCGAGGUGAAAACUCGUCAGGGCACGGAGCUGCUGAUGCAGUCAGAUAACGAGGGCCUCGUCAAGGAGUGGAUGAACGCCAUCACUGAGGCCAUCAACACACACGCGUGGGAGUCGGAUGAGGCGAUAGAGGAGGACAUGCCCGAGUCCCCCAGUCCUGAGAAGCACGACCGCGACAAGGACUCCAGGGACUCCAAGAAACUCAGAGAUGCAGCAGCAGGCAUGAAGAGCUCGAGCAGCAUGGACGUGUCUGACCAGAGGAAGAGGACCAAACUCAAGAAGUUCCUCACGCGCAGACCCACUCUACAAGCCGUCAGGGACAAGGGCUACAUCAAAGACCAGGUGUUUGGCUGCAGUUUGGCUACUCUGGCUCAGCGGGAGAACUGCACGGUUCCAUACUUCGUCAGAAUGUGCAUCGAGCACGUGGAGAACAACGGCUUGAGUGUGGAUGGGCUCUACAGGGUGAGUGGAAAUCUGGCUGUGGUCCAAAAGCUCCGCUUCGCUAUCAAUCAUGAUGAGCGGGUGGACCUGGAGGAUGGGAAGUGGGAGGACAUCCACGUCACCACCGGAGCUCUGAAGAUGUUCUUCCGCGAGCUUCCGGAGCCCCUCUUCACAUACACACACUUCCAGGAGUUUGUCAAUGCCAUCAAAAUCCCAGACUACAGGCAGCGUGUUCAGUGCAUGAAGGAGCUGGUGAAGCAGUUACCCCGGACCAACCAUGACACCAUGCAGGUUCUCUUCACACACCUCAGGAGAGUGGUGGACCACGGCGAGGAGAACCGCAUGACGGCCCAGAGUGUGGCGAUUGUGUUCGGCCCGACGCUGCUGCGGCCCGAGACCGAGUCCUGGAACAUGGCGGUCCACAUGGUGUACCAGAACCAGAUCGUGGAGCUCGUCCUCCUGGAGCUGGACACCAUCUUCUCCAGGUAGCCAAUCACAGCGCGGGACUGCUGCAUUAGACACGCCCACCACACGCUGCCGUCGGGAGGUCGGGUUUGGAGGAUACACCAACCAAUCAGAAGACGGGGAAAUGAGAGGCCCACUCCGAUACCAAACCCUGCCUUUUAUAGACUCUGGGUCUGCCCCGCAGCGCUCACACGGGCACACACACACACACACACACACACACACACUCUACUUAGUGCAUACACCUCUUAAUAUACACAGAAAUAUAUAAACACAAAGAACUUUUAACUCAUCACACUCUGACAUUAACUGCAGUCUUAAGCCCUUCAAACUCUUCAUAGCGAAAUACUACUCCCUUCUGGAGAUGUUGCUAUGGACACUACUGAACUUUCCCAUCUGGAGAUGUUGCUAUGGACACUACUGAACAUUCCCAUCUGGAGAUGUUGCUAUGGACACUACUGAACAUUCCCAUCUGGAGAUGUUGCUAUGGACACUACUGAACAUUCCCAUCUGGAGAUGUUGCUAUGGACACUACUGAACAUUCCCAUCUGGAGAUGUUGCUAUGGAGACUACUGAACAUUCUCAUCUGGAAAUGUUGCUGAACUUUCCCAUCUGGAGAUGUUGCUAUGGACACUACUGAACAUUCCUUUCUGGAGAUGUUGCUAUGGAGACUACUGAACAAUAAAGGCUGUGGACACUACGCACCACGUCCAUGCUACUGAACCCCUGAGAGUACUCAGCUGGAGAUGAAUUACACUACUGAACAUGCCCCAACUAGACUCAAUAUCUUAGACACUACUGAACAUACUGAACAUGCCCCAACUAGACUCAAUAUCUUAGACACUACUGAACAUGCCCCAACUAGACUCAAUAUCUUAGACACUACUGAACAUACUGAACAUGCCCCAACUAGACUCAAUAUCUUAGACACUACUGAACAUGCCCCAACUAGACUCAAUAUCUUAGACACUACCGAACAUGCCCCAACUAGACCCAAUAUCCUAGACACUACUGAACAUGCCCAGCUGGACUUGUUUCCGUAACGUGAAUGAACAUGGCCAUUGGAAAGCCAGUUAUCUGCAUUCCCUUGGGACAUUACAUUUAUCUUCAGAAUAACCUCAAACAUCAAUAGAAUUUCCUCUGAGCUCAACCUUAGUGCUGCCGAACACCUUGCAGUGGUUGAGCUCAACCUAAGGGGUUUAAGAUGCGCACUACUGAACAUUACUGAAUACGCCAAAACUGGAGUUGUUUCAAAGGACACCACCGAACGUGCCCAUGUGGUGUUCUGUGCUGACACCACUGAAUGGAGCCAGUAGGAGAUGUCUCUAUACAUACAUAUUAUUAUUAUAUAUUAUUAUAUAUAUUAUUAUAUUAUUAUUUUUUUAAAUAUACUGCACAGCUUUGGGGCCAUUGCAGGUACUUGCUGAGUAUUCCUCUCCAAUGGAUGUAUUUGCACACGUACUACUGAACUGAACUCAACCUGCUCUACAGGAGAUGUUCGUACACACAGUCCCGAACGUGCCCAAAUGGACUUACUCAUCACUCCAGUCUUGAACGUGCCCAAAUGGACUUACUCAUCACUACUCAUCACUCCAGUCUCGAACGUCCCCAAAUGGACUUACUCAUCACUCCAGUCUUGAACGUCCCCAAAUGGAUUUUACUAUGACUCCAGUCCUGAACAAACCCAACGCAGUCGCCAUGGUGACGUCUCCUCAUCAGUGGACUGUGCAGGGGUAACGGCAGCCGCUUGAACACACCAAGGUGUUGGUGUAGCACCCGUGCAGGACAGGUCCGCUUGAACACACCCAGGUGUUGGAGUGAAAUCGGACGUGUUCUUUUUGGUCUUUUUUUUUUUUUUUUUUUAAACACUGAUCAGAACAAACUGUACACACAGAUCCAUCUGAACUGGGUAGAGUAUUACACUACGCUAACGAGCUAUGAACACACACACAGAUACAGAACAAAGACUAUUACACACCUUACACACACACCCUAAAUAUGGUAGUGUACACACACAGACACACACGAGUGCAUUUGAACAGUCAUUUUUGGCUCCUGUACCUGCUGGGCUUGAGUGUGUGUACAAGAGAGGCUGGAGUGUGUGUGUGUGUGUGUGUGUGUGUGUGUGUGUGUGUGUGUGUCUGAGAGAGGGUGGAGUAAUGGGAGUGAAGAUACGACUGGGUGUGUGUUUAGAACACAAACAGGGGAGAACUGUCAUUGAGAGAUAGUAUGUAUGUUUGUGUGAGAGUGUGUGUGUGUGUGUGUGGCCAGCAGUAGUACAUUAACAGGUAUAGAGUAGACUGACUAAUGUGUAAAGAGAGUGAUGAUGGUUCAGAAGAACCGCUGACUCCAGGAGGAGUCUAGUGAUCAGAACCGCUGACCCAGGAGCAGUCUAGUGAUCAGAACCAGAUGAAUGUGACUGUCACUGCAGAACCUGCGUCUCUCCUGCAAAUAAACUCUAAACCAUGUCAUCA